ACAUCGAGUACAUACUAUACUACAGUCUGGCUACUAGUGCACUUGAUCAAUACAGCUCAGGGCCCAAGAGGGCCUUCAUCAAAGAAAUGGCUUCAUCUACACAGCUGGAUAUCGCCAUACACCCACUUGUCUUGCUCAACAUUAGCGAUUUCCACGUACGGCUGCAGGCACAAGCAAGUCGCGAUCCAUGCAUUGGAGUAUGUCUUGGUACCUUACAUGGCCAGCUCAUGACCAUUGAGAACAGCUUUGCUCUCAAACAAGCUACAACAACGCUUGAUUCUGCAUUUCUAAAGACCCAAGUUGAGCUAUACAAGCAGACCUUUCCAACGCUAGAACCAGUCGGUGUCUUUGUCGCAGCAAGCAACAGUGGCAUGACUGCCGCUCUAUCUACUUUCCACGCAGCAGUCAAAGCAGAGUAUGAGACCUGCUCACUCUUGCUGCUACUCGAUACAGCCGCCCUUCAAUCUGGUGCAAGCGGUACAGAGAUCCCUCUAAAAGUGCUGGACCCCACAGACACGACAAGCAUACGCAGUCUCAAAUGGCGACUUGUGACACACGAAGCUGAACGUAUUGCUGUUGAUCAUGUGUCUCGCGCUGCCAAUGCAACGCUGCAAGGAAAAAAAGAAGAAGCCUCUGAGGCAACACGCUCCAAACAAGUGCCAGAUGUCAUUUUGACGCCAUCCGAAGAGAGUGAUUGUACAUUCCUCAUCACACAAGAAAAUGCAUUACAGGUCCUUAGAACGCGGCUACAGCUACUUCACAGGUAUGUGGAUGCUGUUCAGCAGGGGACAUUGUCAGGUGAUCCAGGUAUCUUACAACGCUUGAAUGCCAUUCUUGUACGAUUGCCAGAAUCAGCGCACGUACCUAACGAUGCGACACUACAGACUGAACAGGAAGAAACGGCGAGAGAAGUGGCGCUGGUAACAUUACUAAGUGAUAUGAUGGCCUUGAGUACACAAAUGCGAACCCUCGCAAGUGAUGUUGCCAAGACGCGUGGAUCUGUUGGUGGCGUUAGGAGUGGACUUGCACGAGGAGCUGCUAGUGGAGGAUUCGAGGCGAGUUUGGCGCGUCAUGAUAUGGAGGCUACUGCGGCUGGCUUCCUUUACGAGUAAGGAAAAGGAAAAGGUAUCACCUUAUUUUUCUUAUGGCAAGCUAGCUAGGUAAUGAUGAGAUGGAGAAAAGGAGAGACUCUGCCUUUGUAAGAGACAGUCAGGGGUGCCAAGCAAAACAAUGUGAAACAAAGAGACGUUCGUAGUAAAAGAAAUGAGAUGAUGGAAAAC